GAGGUAGCAAGAAAUGUGAAAGCUUUUGGAAGAGGAAAACAAGCCAUGUUAUUGUGUUGGUCCAACUUUUGUUUAUUGUAUGCGUCAAAGUAAGGGAUAGUGUGUGAGAUUGAGUCUUGUUCACGCCAUUUGCUUCCCUCACUCUAUUUUAUUCCCUUCAAAUCCCCCCAUUACGGACUACUACUGUAUAAAACUACCCCAACUUUCCCCCUUCUUCUUCUUAUCUCUCUCUUCUUCCUCCUCUUCUACUUUCUUAUUUAUUGCAUGUGCGUGGUUGCAUAUAUUCUCACUUUUCACGACUUAUAAGAGGACCAUUUUCAACAGCACACACCACUAAGAUCAAACACCAUUUCCUAGUGAUAGAUAUGGAGAAAGUUAGCCUCAUAAAAAAUGGGGUGUUGAGAUUGCCACCUGGGUUUAGGUUCCACCCCACAGAUGAAGAGCUCGUGGUACAAUACUUGAAGCCCAAAGUCCACUCCUAUCCCGUUCCCGCCUCCAUCAUCGCCCAUGUCGAUGUCUGCAAGGCCGACCCCUGGGAUUUGCCAGGCAAUUCGGAGCAGGAGAGGUAUUUCUUCAGCACAAAAGAAGUCAAGUAUCCCAACGGAAACCGGUCGAACCGGGCCACCGUCUCCGGGUACUGGAAAGCAACCGGUUUGGACAAGCAAAUCGUGAGCACGAGGACCCACCAGGUCGUCGGGAUGAAGAAAACCCUUGUCUUCUACACCGGUAAGCCGCCAAAGGGCUGCCGAACUGAUUGGAUCAUGCAUGAAUACCGCCUCCCGCCGCCCAAGCUCAGUCUCUCCCCUCCACGCUCCAAUCAGCCACACGAAAGCUGGGUUCUCUGCCGGAUAUUUUUUAAGAGAAGGGGGGGCAACAACAACAAGGCCGGCAGCGGCGAUGACACUCCAGCGCCAGUAUUCUACGACUUCAUGGGGAAAGAGAAGGCGAACACUAGCUCCGGAUCGAGCGGGAUCACGCAGCUUUCUUCUUCGGAGGUUGAAGAAGAGAGCAGUUGUUGCAAUAGUUUUCCCUCCACUUUUAAAAGGAAACACCCUUCUACUUCUAAUUAAGUGUGCUAUACUAAACCUUAGAUUUUCCCAAUAUUUCUUUUUUAAAUCAAAUAACCAUCAUCAUCAUCAUCAUCAUUAAUGCUAUUGCUAUUGCUUUGCUUUCUUGCA